AGGCUGGGGAGGUUGUAGUGUAAAUUGCGUCCCGUUCUCGGUGAAGGCUGGUUCUGCAUGUGUGGAGAAGAACACUAAAAAGGACCAUUCGGCUUCUCCGACAUGCUCCGCCAUUCAAUAACAUCAUGGCUGAUCCAUUAUCUCGUUGCAAUUCACUCGCACUAAUCUCGUAUCCUUUGAUUCGCUAUAUUAAUUAUGGUGAAAAAGACAUUCAGUGCUUUUUGAAGGAAUGAAGCAAAGCAGUAUAUAUAGCAGGGAGGAAUAAAAAUGGGCCUCUAACAAUGCUUCGGCUACCAUGGGCAGUGUCAUGCUUCGCUAUUUCUGCUAUGGAUGUCUUUUCACGUCCGUGACCUGGACACUUCUCCUUUUCAUCUACUUCAACUUGAGCAACGAAAGCUACACAUUCGGAAAUGUGCCCUUCCCGGGGAGCCAGCAAGUACAGCGGAGAUUCAAGCCCCGAUUUACCAAAGGAUCCAAACAUCUGCUUGAAUCCCAGCGUCAAGACAAAAUAGACAGCCAGUUCCUUAAACAUAUACCAAAUAAGUCAAAGAAAAAAUUAGAACACUUCUCAGAACUGGGUAUGAUUUUCAAUGAAGUGGAUCAGGAGAUUCGGAAUGCUGGUUACCAGAAACAUGCCUUCAAUGUGCUCAUCAGUAAUCGUUUGGGAUACAGAAGAGCUAUUCCUGAUACCAGAGACCCAAAGUGUAAAGCAAAAAGCUACCCAGUGAAUUUGCCUUCUGCCAGCAUUAUUAUCUGUUUUUAUAAUGAGGCUUUAUCAGCUCUACUGCGGACAGUACAAACGGUGCUGGAUCGUUCUCCUGCAAACUUGCUGCAUGAAAUUAUCCUUGUAGAUGACAACAGUGAUUUCAUUAAUCUGAAAGAUGAGCUCGAGAACUACAUCUGGAAAAGUCUACCCAAAAAAGUGAAGCUAGUGCGAAACUCUGAACGAGAGGGAUUGAUACGUGGCAGAAUGAUUGGAGCAUCCCAUGCAACAGGGGAUGUGCUGGUGUUUCUUGACAGUCACUGUGAGGUGAAUGAGUUGUGGCUGCAACCCCUGCUGACUCCCGUGAUGCAGGAUCGCAAGACUGUGGUGUGCCCGGUGAUUGACAUCAUCAAUACUGACACAUUAAUCUACAGCUCUUCCCCAAUUGUGAGGGGAGGGUUUAACUGGGGUCUGCAUUUCAAGUGGGAUCCAGUGCCUGCCUCAAUGUUGAAUGGACCGGAGGGAUCAACAGCACCAAUCAAGUCACCUACAAUGGCAGGAGGAUUAUUUGCAAUGGACAGGCAUUACUUCUAUGAACUUGGACAGUAUGACAGUGGCAUGGAUAUUUGGGGAGGAGAAAAUCUGGAAAUUUCAUUUAGGAUUUGGAUGUGCGGCGGUCGGCUAGAAAUAAUUCCAUGCUCCAGGGUAGGGCAUAUUUUCCGAAAACGCCGACCAUAUGGUUCGCCUAAAGGGCGGGAUACCAUGACGCACAAUUCUCUUCGUCUGGCACACGUCUGGAUGGAUGAGUAUAAGGAACAAUACUUUGCCCUCCGGCCUGAGCUCACAGCCCAGAGCUACGGUAACAUCAGUGAACGUGUUCAGUUGAGAAAGAGACUCGGUUGCAAAUCAUUCAAGUGGUACCUGGACAAUAUCUACCCAGAGAUGCAAGUUCUUGGACCAAAUGAAAAAGGCAGAGUGCAGCAGCCGGUAUUGGUUAAUAGAGUUCUGAAACGGCCAAAGGUUCUUCAGCAUGGAAGGAUAAGACAUCUACAGACAGCCAAAUGUAUCAGUGCUCAGAACCAUCCUAGCCAAAAAGGAGGAAUAGUGGUAGUCAAAGAAUGCAACUUAUCAGACCCAGAUCAGGUUUGGGUUUAUAAUGAAGAACACGAACUAAUUCUUGCCAACCUUCUCUGCUUGGACAUGGCAGAGACUCACCAAUCAGAUUCUCCACGUCUUAUGAAAUGUCAUGGAUCUGGGGGAUCCCAACAGUGGAUUUUGGGGAUAAAUAACCGCAUAUACCAAGUCUCAGCUGGGCAGUGCCUUCAGGUGGUAAACCCUGGCAGCAUGAAAGGAUACAUCGCCAUGGCAAUCUGUGAUGGCUCUGCUGCUCAGCAAUGGCAAAUGGAGAGUUGACGGAGAAGUGGGCUUUCAAAAGUGGUUUAUGAAGACGACUGAAUCACUGUUGAGAAAUAUCUCUCAGGAGCAAGAAAAGCUAGAAAUACAUGUUGCAACACGAAGUCAGGAAAUCCCUGACAGGAUCUUCAUCUCAAAUGUUUCACUUUGUUGAUUAUAUUGAUUUAAAAUAAUAGUUUUACCACAAAAUAUUUUUCUAUUUUUGCCGCAGAUUCUAUGGACAUCAUGAGAUGACUAAGUUUGAAAUGGUUUAAAAUACUGUAUCAAGUUUUUAAUUAUUAUUUAUAAACAUCAGUCAUAUGAUUGUUCUAAAAUUGACAGGGUUGCAUCAGUUUUUAACAAAUGUCACAAACAAUUUACAAUAUAUAAUGUGAAUUACAUUUCCAUAGAGCCAUUUAAUUAAGAUUUUAUCAUGUAUUAUGUAUGACACAUGCAUAAAUUGUAAUUAUAUUAUACAUUAUUAAAAUGAUCUCUUUCAUCUAUUA